GGCGUGUCCUUCAGGUGCGUGGAGAAGGCGACGCCAACAAAGGUAAACCAGGAAGUGAAGGAACACUGAAGGGAGAGGCUGAAAAGAGAAGCGAGUGAUCCAGAUUUCAUGCUGCUAAAGGAACAACUAUAACAAAUCCAUCAUGGGCCUGUGUGACGGCCUCUCUCACUGUAAACUGGCUCUGGCCUUCGCCGUGUUGAUGGACGUACUGGGAGGAGCCGCUCUGCUGGUGGGGGUCUUCGCCCCGCUGGAGGUCAAAGGGCGAGACUUUGGAGACCUGCUGGUCUACACUGGAGCUCUGUUUGUGCUCAUGUCCCUGGCCGGUUGGGUUCUCUGGUACAGCGGGAACAUUGACGGUCUGACGGCCAGGAAGGAGCUCGGACACAUCAGCAGCGCCGUCGACCGGCUCGCCCGAAACCUCAGCCGCAAGAUCCGAACGUACAGAACCAACCACUGAGCCGCAGAGAGGAGGGGGUCUGGAUUUCACUUUAAGAGCCUUCAUUUCAAAGUCUUUGUUAGUCAGUAUUAAUCUGAGACAGAAUUUAACCCUUUGUUACCCGAGUACUGAAAUACAGCGUAGUGUUACAACCAAGUCAGAAACAUUUCACUCACCUGCUCUUCUUACUGUCCUGCUUUUUAUCUGUCAUCAUGUUUUUUUAUGUUUUAGUGUUUUUAAAGUGACUGCAGUCAUUUUUAGUUGAAGGUCAAUAAAAGUCUUAAUAUUUCA